AUGAUUUCUUCACAAAAUUGGCCAAGGUUUCUUGUCAUCAGUUCUACUGAUGAUGGGGCCUUGAACAAAUUAUCCCUGUUUGCCAUUCAAAAGGCAACUGUUGGCUUGGCUGGUGAGCCAAAAUCAGUAAAAAAAAAAAUCAAGAAUGGGCUGUUGGUAGAAUGUUUAACCGAAAGACAUUCUACGUGCCUCCUCAAAUCGACAGUUUUUUGUAAUGUACCAAUUAAGGUGACUGCGCAUACCUCCCUCAAUUCGUCAAAGGGAGUUAUCAGAUGCAGAGAUUUGGAAGGUGUUAGUGAAGAAGAAAUAUGCCAAAAUUUAAGUUCUCAGGGUGUUACUGCUGUGAGGAGGAUAAAGGUUCGUCGAAACAAUGACUUGUUACGGACGAAUACUUGUAUCCUCACCUUUAACGUCCCCACCCUUCCCCAAUCUGUCAAAGCUGGUUACCUUAAUAUUCCUGUUGAACCCAUUAUUCCAAACCCCUUGGUUUGCUUCAAAUGCCAGAGGUUUGGCCAUGGUCAGAACACAUGUCGUGAAAAACUUACAUGUGCUCGUUGUGGUCUGUUUGACCAUGGCAGCAAGACCUGUAAGAACGAUAUACUUUGUCUCAACUGCAAAGGCAACCACUGUGCAUAUUCGCGAGAGUGUCCGCGGUGGAAGCUGGAAAAAAGAGUUCAACAGGUGAAGGUACAAAAUAAACUGUCCUUCACAGAUGCCAGGAGGUUGGUAGAGACAGCAACACCUACAGUCGGUGACAAGUCAUAUGCAACUGCAGCUGCAGCUGCUGCCAAAGUCGCCACUAAAAGCAUUGCAGUCAACACAGACCUCACCUGGCAUUGUGAUGAAGCCAAGUACAAGAAACUGUCCGAUAUUGAGAAGGCGCAAAAAACAGGUGCAAAAAGCAGCACAAAAACUAAAAAUUACACCCCAGCAAAAGGAAAUUGA